AUGUCCUCUUUCUACACACUCGCUGAAGGUUGUCCUCAGCAGAGGGAUGAUACCAGUAUCCAGCUUCGCAACGGAAGUGGCGGUGGUCUUGUUUUACUGCAAGACACACAGCUCAUUGAGACAUUGGCUCACUUUUCAAGAGAGCGCAUUCCCGAGAGGGUUGUUCACGCCAAGGCUGCUGGCGCCUACGGGGAGUUCGAGGUUACCCACGAAUGCACAGACAUAACCUCUGCCAGUUUCCUUAACGCUGUUGGAAAAAAGACACGGUGCCUGGUGCGGAUUUCGACCGUGGGCCCGGAGCGUGGUUCGGCCGAUACCAUUCGCGAUGUUCAUGGAUGGGCUAUGAAGCUUUACACAGACGAAGGCAACCUGGAUUGGGUCUUUAAUAACACGGCAAGCUGUGGAACUCUUCCUGUCUUAAUUGACGGAUACUAA